GGGACCCGCAGUGACAAGGCGGGGGGGGUCCCUCCCCGGGGGCUGCUCCGUAACGGCUGGGUUCGUUCCCGCCUGUAUCUAUACCCGCUACGAGGCCAGGGCCAGGCCCCGCUCCUUUGAAAUACACAAUGAUCUCUUUCUCAUUCUUUUUUUCCCCUGCUUUCAGUUCAGUUAUUACACAUUUUUAUUUCCCGGUAUUUUUUAUUUUUCUAAAAACUGGCCUCCGAGCAGUACUAGAGGAACACCACAGCCACAGCACUACAGUCGUAAACCAUGUAAGGCGUCGGAUAAAGAUGAGCAGCACACCCUUUAGUAACCUUUGAGAAAACGAUGCCUUGGCUUUUGAGGCUGGUGCUCCAAUACAGACACCUUGGAGCUGUUAAUUUCUUCUAUCGUGAUGUCAGGCUCUGUGUUCAUUUUUCUGUAUAUCUCUUUACUUCAAAAAAGUUACUCCUGGAGUGUAACAGUAGCUGUGAGAAUCUCUACCCCCCCACCCCGAAGAUUUCCAGCACCCCACUAUUUUAACUUUAGAAGAACACCAGAUCUUUUGUCAUUUCAGUCCCCCAGAAACUCAGAAUCAAAAGAAAAAAACAUAAACUGUAGGUGCCUUCAUAAAUGUUAAUUGCAUUUUCCUUUCAUAGUCUCCAGUACAGUUUGAUUUUGCUUUUAGAAUAAUAUUGCCCUCCUGUGGUCAAACAACAGUAAGUCCGGGAACUAUUGUCAAAGAUCUGCUUGCACGUCAUUCAAACGUGCUUAAUUAUUUUAUGUGCAUAUACGAUUUAGUGAAACAAAAGUCUUUUCUCAGAUUACUUGCUUUUACUGUUUGCUUAGUAGAGUUCACCGUUACAGGUUUAGAUAUCUAACACAUUUCACUGUUCCAUGCUGUGAUGGGAUUGGCUCAUCAGAAUGAUUCACCGAUUUUUACUUUGAAACGGAGACAAGAUUUUCACACCGGAGUCUAGGGAGACUCGACAAAAGAUGCCUUCAUUACUUCCGAGGAUCUCAGGGUCAGCUACCCCACUGUAGAUACCACCGUAACCUGCACAAUACAGACAGACCUGUGCUUGCUCAGAUGGGUGGAUGUGAAUUUCAGAGAGAUGCUUCUGGAAACAGCACUGCUCAGCUCCAGUAGGAGAGGAUUGCUUUUAAACAACUCGCGCCUGCUGUGUCGUGUCUGGAGUUGGAGCUGAACGGAGCCGCUGGGAGGGCACGUGUGACAGAAGCCACAGUUGCAGGUUUGAGGGUGCCAGCUGCCCCAGCUCUCAAGGACUUGCCAGUGUCAGCAGAGUGCGUACAAGCCCACCCCACCAAGUAGAUUGAGUCAGCCCAGCCACCCUGUGCAGCAUGUCCCUCCGUGAGCAUGCACUGUCCCUAUUCCGCAGUGCGGUGGGCACCGUCCAGCCAGCUCCGAUGCUGAAGAGGGCUGUGAAGCUCCAAGGAGACAGGUGCCCUCAGCUGGUGGUGAAGGGCCAGGCCUUUCCAGUGAAGAGGGACCUGUACCUGGUGGGUUUUGGCAAAGCUGUGCUGGGGAUGGCUGCGGCAGCAGAAGAGGUCCUGGGAGACCACCUCAUUCGGGGGAUCAUCAGUGUGCCACUAGGCAUUCAGGAGAGCCUGCAGCGAGCAGGAAUGCAGGAGAUGCUCCUGAAGCCACACAGCAAAAUCCAGGUCAUCGAAGGUGCCAAGAACAACCUCCCAGACUCAGAGGCUCUGAAGGGAGCAGUUGCCAUACAGGAGCUGGCUGAGGGCCUGACUGCAGAUGACCUGCUCCUUGUGCUCAUCUCAGGGGGUGGAUCAGCCCUACUGCCUGCUCCCAUCCCUCCCAUCCUCCUUGAAGAGAAGGAGAAACUCAUAAAGAUGCUGGCUUCCAGAGGAGCUGCCAUACAGGAGCUGAAUAUUGUCCGGAAGACUCUGUCCUUGCUGAAGGGUGGAGGGCUAGCCCGGCUCGCAUACCCUGCACAGGUGGUGAGCCUCAUCCUUUCUGAUGUUAUUGGUGAUCACCUGGACAUCAUAGCAAGUGGGCCCACUGCUGCCAGCUCCCACAGUGUCCAAGACUGCCUUCAGAUACUCACCAAAUACAACCUGCUGCUCAACCUGCCCAAGUCAGUGGAAACGGUCCUGUCCAGCUCUCCCUCCAAGCCCACUGCUCCAGAAGACUACUCCCACGUUUGCAACAUCAUCAUCGGAUCAAACACACUGGCUUUAGACGAGGCCAAACACCAAGCUGAGGGCCUGGGCUAUGCCACUCUGAUUCUAAGCACAGCAAUCUGUGGUGAAGUCAGCCGCAUCGCCACGCUGUACUGCCAGCUGAUCCGGCUGGUCUGCCUGGGCUUUGCCGGCCUUGGAGAGGGACCCCUGAGUGACAAGGUGAGGGGGAAUCUCCUGCAGCUGGCCGCAGAGCUAGAGAUUCCAGGUUUGAACCUUGCCGAGUUUCUACGUGCCCUGCGAGGAUUAGGGCCUGAAAGACCAGUCUGCAUCCUGGCCGGUGGAGAAACCACAGUUCAGCUCCAAGGUACUGGCAAGGGAGGGAGGAACCAGGAGCUGGCCCUUCGUGUGGGGCUGGGGCUGCACAGGGCACAGGCCAUGGAGACCAGCAGCACCCCAGGCAGGUGUGAGAUUGUCUUCCUCAGCGGGGGAACGGAUGGGCAGGAUGGGCCGACAGAGGCGGCAGGGGCCUUCUGCAGCCCGGAGCUGGUGGAUGAGGCGCUGCAGGAGGGCCUUGAUGUGGAGGCCUUUCUCAGCAACAAUGACUCCUAUACAUUCUUCAGCCAGUUCCAAGGUGGGCAUCACCUCCUGGUGACAGGUUUGACAGGCACCAAUGUCAUGGACAUCCAGACCAUUUUAAUUAGAGCCACAGAGAGAUCAUGAGAGCUCCCUCUGCAGAUAUCCAGAUGCAUUUAAUUAGGAGCAGGGGUAAAUGAAGUCAUCAACACUGCAGUCAAAUACAAACUACUUAAAUUAGGGCUCGCUGUCAAGGGUGCUAAUACCUUUGACAGAAAGAAUCCACUAAUUAGACACGAGUGGAUGUCCACAGCAAAAGCAAGCACUUGUAAUUGGGAUCAGAGGAAGGUAAGAAAGAGGUCACAUUACAGACGUGAAGGACAUAUUUAACGCUUCUUCUGAGAGCCACCACACUUGUGACUGCUUCAACUAUAGUUAAAAGAUGUGGGGAAAUAGAGACCAUGGUAGGGCUGCCAGGGAGAGCCCUCACUGCGGCUGUUGCACCCCCAGUGACCCCAGCUCAAGAGCAGCUCAGCAGCAGGCUUUUGCAGGUUCACAGGAGUGCAUUACAGUGACUGAAGGAUGUAAAACCAAUAGCAAGGCCUGCCCAGCUGGAGGCAUGGAGGUGCUGGGGGAACGCAGUGGGAAGGGGACACCCAGCACCUGCUCCACACACCAGUGCAGUGCCCUGCAGCUCC